AUGUUUUUUGUUCUUCCUUUUCGAAUUUUAUCUGCUACAUGGGAGGAAAUAUCUGAAGAGACUGGAUUUAUAAUAGAUCAUGAGAAGACUCAAAGAUUCGUUGUUCCGGAAAUCAAAAAAACAACAGGAAUAGAACCGAAAUUAUAUUCCAAGAUCCAAAAUCAGAAGCACAUAUCAGAUGAUGCCCCAUUUGUUGGAAUUAUCGAUUGUAUCUUCCAGGACAUCUCAGAUGAAAAUAAUCCAGUAAUUAAAUUAUCAAGUUCGUCCACAAUCAUCAAAUCGACCAAAGUUACAGGUAUAUCGAAAUCACCAGUUAUUUCAUUGACAAACUGCAUGAAUUCCAAGAUUGAAUCAAGCAAUUUCACUGAUAUUACUCAAUCUUCUGUAAUCUCAUUUUCAUUCUGCCAUAACAUCGUAAUUAAAACAUGCCAGUUCGAUUCAAUUAUUUCUACAGAUCAAACUUUCGAAAGUAUAAUUAAAAUGGACACAUGCACGUUUAUUUUGAUUAAUGAGUCAUCAGUUGCUAACUGUGACAUUUACUCAUCCCCAAUUCUCGCUUCCAAAUGCAAUAGUGUCACUUUUAACCGACUUAAUUUACAUAAUUGCAAAUUUACAUUACCAGGAUUCAUUUGCUUAAGUUCCUGUGAUAAUGCCGUAGUCCAGAAUACCAGAUUUGUCGAGAACGAGUGCCAUUCCCAUAGCUGUGGCAUAUUAUGUAUGGAAACUACGAUUUCCCUUGCUCACUGUUCAUUUAUCCGCAAUAAAGUGGUCACAGAUGAUUUCAAUGUACCCGAAAUCCUCAAUAGUCUCUACUUUUCAAGUGCUGGAGUUGGAAUUACUUUUGUUAUCACUUCCAGCUUCGCUAAUCCACUUAAAAUACCCAUAAGUAUGAAGAACAUCCAAUUUUUGGAUAACUCAGGCCAAGAGAAACAAAAAACAAAAACGUACAACGCUAUAGAUUUUUGUUCUUUGACAAACCGCAUUUCCUUUGAAGGAACAAUCUAUUUCAACCUCUACAACGAAAACCAAUUCCAAACAUUUGGUAAAAUCGAUACCUCAUUGUUCAAUUUCGGAAUUUCAGAAGAUAUUUAUUCGAAAAUUGAAGAGGAACCACUCUCAUUCGAAGUAAAUAACAAUGUACAGCCAUUCAUGCCCUCUUUCGUCAACUUCAAAGAUACCAGAGGCUCAUAUGAUAAGUCAUUUUACGUAAAUACCACUCUUUCUUACAUUUGCAUCGACCGCUGCAUAUUCAAAGAUUGUGUCUUCCUUAAUGACAACAGCUACGACACAUCCGUUGUUCACAUUGACCUUCGUGGUUCAGGAGCCAUCGCGAUUUCGAAUACACAGUUCAAAGACAACCUUGUCUAUGCAUCCACCGUAGAGAUUAUCAAUUCCUAUGCACUUUCACUCUCUGAUGUAGAGUUCAACCAUAACACAGGUCUCUAUUCCGGAGCACUUUUCGCUCAUUCCAUUAAAAAAGUACGAUUAAGUGAUGUCACGUUUUUGCGAAAUAUGGCAUUUACACAGGGAACUUGUUCAUUCUAUCAGUGCGACGACGUAUCGAUUGUUGGAUCCAUUUUCAGAAGAAAUCAAGGAUUCCUUACUGGAUCUGGCAUUGUCAGCUCGAAUUCGAAGAUCCAAGUAAGAGAUACUGAAUUCCUCCGAAAUAUCAUCGAUUUCGAAGCAUCGCAGUUAUCAACAUUGUAUACUAAGUUCCAAUCAUCAAUGCUUUUGAGCGUUUCCCAUUAUUUAUACUCUGACGUCAUCACUCACAAAGAAACAGGAAUUGCAAUAUCAUUAUACGAUUCCUCAUCGAUAUCACUUACAAAUGGCGUGUUCAGUGAUAACAAUAUCGACUCAGAUAACGAAACCGACUCUACAAACACAAUUGUUGUAGCGGCCUACGAUAUUUACGCUGAUACUAGCUCAACAGUUAACAGCGGUAAUUCCUGUACCGAUAGCAAUAUCAAAUCUACUUCAUCUAACGUCAAAUUAAUAUUUGACCCAGAUACCUGCGAAUUGAACACUACUUAUGAUUACGAUGAAGUCUUUGUUCCUAAGGAAGUCGAAACCAUCGUUUAUGAUAUCGAAGGAGUCCCAGAAUCCGAAUAUCGAAUUACGAAGAGAACUGUGAUGAUGCCAUUAUACAAUCCAGAUGACAGAUCAUUGAUCACAUCUGUUAUUGUCGAUAAAAGACCAAACGAAACUGAUACAAGUCAAAAUCCGACUCAAACAGUUGAACCAGAGAAGAAAAUCUACGAAGAUAAGAUACCGAAAACAACAAUUAUAAUUGUUUCGUGUAUCUGUGUUUGUAUUUUGGUUGUUUCUAUUCCAAUUCUUUACAUUUUCAGGAGAAAACCAGAACAAAACGAAGCUGAAGGUGACGAAAAGAUUGAAGACGGACUUCUCGACCAGGAUGCAAUAGAAACUAGAGAUAUCUAA